UCCAUAGGUGUUCAUUGUCGAUCCAGGUAAAAUGAAAUCCUUGACAACUUCAGUAUUUUCUCCAUUUAUCAUGAUUUUGCUUAUUGGUCCAACUCCAGUGAGGGAGUAAAAUCUGUAAACUGAUGUUAACUAGAAAUUCAGGUGUGGAUACCUAGGUUUCUUGGCAUAUAGGAAUAUGCAGGUAGGGACUGUUGGCAGUGCUUAUGGCAGUGAGGGGACAGUUAAUGAAUUGAGGGGUAGUCCCGGUAAUACCUGGCAUAACCACCAAAAACCAAACCCGUUGCUGCCAGUCGAUUCCGACUCAUAACAACCCUAUAGGACAGAGUAGAACUGCCCCAGAGUGUUUCCAAGGAGUGGCUGGUGGAUUUAACUGCUGACCUUUUGGUUAGCAGCCAAACGCUGAGCCACUGUGCCACCAGGUUUUCACUACCUGGCAUAUAGAUGUUUAAUGAAUAUUUGUAAAGCUGAGAAGGUAUGCAGAGGUCUUGGGGGAAGGGUUCCUGAAGAGCUGUAAAUAAGAUGCCUAGAUAUCUUUCAGGGAGAGAAGAUGGAGGCAGCGACUAAGGGACCCCUGAGAGCUUGGGGAUGUAGAGCCCAAGAAGGAGCCUUGCACCUCAAUGGGAGUUGAAGCAAAGGCCUCAGUUUCUCUUACCCUGCACCACAGUCUCCUCCCUCUGAGUGAGCGUGGGCCCGAGGGCGAGGCAUUGGCUGUUCUGAAGCCACAAGAGCCGUCAGUUCCUGCCAAACUCCCAGCUAGGCUUGAGGUGCUGUCUUACCCUAAGGCUGGACAUAGGCCAUGAAGCUGCUUCUCCAUCUUGCCAGGCAGUGGUAGGGGAGGGUCCAUAAGGUCCAUGCCAGUGUGGCUUGACACUUGGACCUGGCUGAGUGCCCAGGGGCCCCCUGGCAGGCUGAUGGCUAGGUCGAGGGUUGGACCAGGGGUCUGCUCAGGCCCUGAGGUGUGGGGGGGGGCCCUGGCUCCUCUCCUUUACGAAUUUCUGGGUGGUAUGGUACCCUGUGGACCCUGGCUCAGAGUGGGAGAGGCGGCCUGGCUCCGGAGCCCUGCUGUGGGCGCCUUCCCUGAGCCCUACAUUGUCCUGUGGUGCAUCCUGAGGUCGGUGCUGCCAGAGGAUGUCUCAGCAAUAGAGAGAGAGAUGGAGCAGCUGGCCAAGGAGCUAAGGUAGAAGGGGAUGACCCUGGGGUUCUCACAGGCCAACGUUGGGUUUGCCUUGGGGGCUCUUUUUGGAUGAGUGCUUAGCCAAACAACCAUGUGCUGCUUUGAGGCCCAGCAGCUCUGCCCCAACAUGUGGAAGCUGCGACCACUGCUGAGGAUGUGGCCAAAGGAAGUGGAUCAGAACCGUCUGGGCUUAGGCAAAAUAGAGACGAUCUUGCCACAGGUUGGGAAAAGGAAUCAGGCAAGCAGAGAGAGACAAAUCGGAAACAACCUGGAGAAACUCUUCCUGCAGUGCCUGAAGCCCGCGCCUCAGCAAAUGAGCCUCUUCGCAGGGCAACUUUAGCUAAAGAAGGACCUGGUCAGAGUUUGAUUCUAUAACUGAAGCAAAAUGGACAGUUGGCGCAUCAGUGACUCCUCCCCAUGGAAGGAUGUGGGGGCUGUUGGGCCUCCUUUCUCAGGAGGACGAGUGUGCUUUCCCCUGGCACUGGAGGGCCAUUUUGGUUUCCUCUACCAAGGGUGACCCUACUUCACAACCCUAUAUACUCUGCCCCUUUCUCUGAAGGGGGGACCCCUUCUCUCUGCCCAGACCACCAUUUUGGGCCUCCCCAUGCUUUCAAGCUGAGGGAUCACCUUCCCUGGGAGUGUAAAGACGGGAGAGGUAAGGGAACUUGGGGAAACCAGUCUCUGGGAUUUGUUUCAGGGUUUUUAGCAUUAAAUUCUUUUCACUGUCUAAAGAAGAAGUUAAAAAUAUGUAGAGGGUGGUAAUGCAAGUUGUUGCGGGAAAAUUUGGGAGGGAAGUUGAAGUUUAUUGCUGCUUUGUGUUUUUCCCUGGCAUUGAUUUUAAGGUGCCUUAACAACACAUAGAUGAUUUCGGUUGUUUGUUUCUCUGUUCACUGAAACUUAAUUGUGUCGUUAUACCUGGUAGUUAUCAGCAAAAAUAGAGUUUACUUCUUUUAAUAGUUUUUUGAGCCAAGAAUGCAUGUAUUAACUUCUGAGCAAAAUUUGUUUAAAGACCCCAUCAUUUUUUUAAUCUUUUUUUUUAAUUGUACUUCAGGUAAAAGCUUACAGAACAAAUAGUUUCUCAUGAAACAGUAGUACACAUAUUGUUUUAUGACAAUGGUU